GCUCUUCGGGUGGUGGUGAGAUUUUCCUUUAAAAAGCUCAGGAGGAAGACAUGACCAUGUUGGUGCAGUGGUGAGGAGGUGGACGGAGACGCUGCAGAGCUCUUCUGUUAAAGGGACGUUUCUGAGUUCGAGUCUCUCGGGAUGUCUGCUGAUGACUCAGCCGGAAGCAAUCUGGUGUCGGUGGACUUUGAAGUCUUCGGUCACGUCCAGGGAGUCUGCUUCCGAAUGUGGGAGAAACAUUACGUCAUCAUCCAGGUGACUUCUUCAGUCUCAGCUGACUGCAGGUUUCCAGCCUUACAAACAUACACGGAGAAGGAGGGCCUGCGGCUCGGGCUGGUCGGCUGGGUGAAGAACACCUACAAAGGGACGGUGGUGGGACAGGUCCAGGGUCCGGCUAACAUGGUGGAGGAGAUGAAGGUGUGGCUGAGUAAAGAAGGAAGUCCCACCAGUCGGAUCACCAGAGCCUCCUUCACCAACCAGAGGACGAUCGACAAGCUGGAGCUCUCCGGCUUCAAGACUCGCUUCUGACCAAUGAAGCAAAGAUCCUGCAAACAGCUUCUCCACCAUCCUCUGGGAGAGGUCAGAGGUCAACGAUGCUCCUACAGAUUCAAUGAAUGAAGACUCUGGAUGUCAUGGAAUCACUGCCGCUGGUUUAUUCAGAGGCUGACUGAGAAUUUAUUUAUAGUUUUUAAUAAGUUGGAUGUUGACUUUGUGUCUCCAUCUGUACAGCAAGCACCUAAAAACACUCUGAAACCAUCAAAGCCUGAUUUGUAUGAAUUAAAUAUCUUCCAUCAUCUUUA